UGCCAUGUAAACAUUAUCAUUCUGUAGAUCUAUAAUAGCUACAUUGUAUAUAGGCUCAUAAAAUCUAGUCGAUACACUAUGGCCACCUCUCAUCGUCUUGUUUUUCUACUAGCUGUAGUUGUAGUUCUUGGAGGUGCAGGUGCUGACUACAUCUUGACUGUCCACCUCGCUGCUCUGCACAACCCAAGCCAGGUGCUUGUCAAUGAGGACUGUUGUGUGACACCCCCUGUCAACCAGAGCUCCUGCUCUUCCCCCUGCAACACUACCCUCAAAGUAUGUGUACGUGAAGAGGGACUUGACCCGGCAGACAAUAGCUGUCCCUUCACUGAGCUCAUUGUGGCUGCUCAAAGCAAUGGAGAAUGGAGGACUGUUCUUCCCGGAGCAUGGAUUGGAUCGCUACAAUUCCACAUCACAGUGAUCCACGACCUCACAGCCUCACUGGGACCUAUGUCACCAGGCGAUCCUGUCAUUGGUGACCUCAUUGACUUCAUCGUAAUUGAGCAGGUCCUCCUAUCCUCCACCAAUCCUCCUGCCCCUCUCGUUAACUAUACUGGACGGUUCAAUGUGGCCACAGCAGAGAUGGCCUUCAGUGUGGCUUGCACCUAUGACUUCUUUGGUGAGUCUUGUGACUUGCCUUGUCCCUCUGGCCGUAAUGAUAGCCUGGGGAGAUAUCGGUGUGAUGGCAAUGGCAGUCGAGCCUGUCUGGAGGGUUACAGAGAUAUUGAGACUAACUGCACCACUUGUAUCCCAUUGGACGGAUGCUCUGAAAUAGGAGGAGCUUGCACUUCUCCUGGUGAGUGUAUCUGUCGUCCUGGUUACAGUGGACGCACAUGCUCUGAGAAUGGCACUAAAUCUACUACAACUUCCUCCCCUUUACCAACACCUCUACCACCGUCUACAAUGCCCACAGUUCCCACUACUCCAACACGAGCAGAUGGAGUCAACCUUCUCCCAGUCACCAUUACCUCCACUUCUCGUGUAGUCUUCUCUAGCAGUGCUCUGAUGGAUGGUACUUCUUUGAUGUCCUCCAUUGCACACACUCCUGUGAACAACUUCGUACAAGCCCUUAUAUCUUCCACUGCUAUCAGACUUGCUCCCUUGACCUCUACACCCACACCCGUCAACGUGAUACCCCCCACAGUCUCCCCUGCAAUCCCUAUUCUCCCCUCCCCCAGUCCUUCUAACGCACUCAGCAUUGUACUCGGCUCUAUCAUUGGUCCCCUGCUCAUGAUGAUUGCCAUAUCACUGAUCGUAUUUCUCAUAUCACUUACCCUAACUUCUUGGAAGAAACAGAAGAGCUCAGCAACCAAGGGAAGGGCUAAUGAUUUAUACACACAAAGAAACCAACCGGAGGACAACAUCCUGGUCAAUGUGGCUGCCAUUAGCAGCAGCCAGAGUCAUGGUGGCAGUCAUUCAGACCUUGGCCAUAGUCUAGCUGAGACUCUUCCUGACCCCACCUACACUACAUUCCUUGACGACAAUGGAGCCUUCACACACGAGACUCUUAUGGAGCAGGGGAUUGAUUCUGAUCGAAUAUCAGUUUUGGAAUUGGGAACACGUCGAAAACGCAACCUAACUGAACUUGAGGAGUCUAUUGAGUUGAGGUUUCAAGAUGCGGACUCAGGAGAGAUGAGCAUUGGAGGGGACCUGUUGGGCUCUAUACAGCAGUCACUGUCUCAAGUUGGGGGAUUCAGUAUCAAGCAUCUGUCAACCAACAAUGACCACUUGGAUAGUGUCGAUCUGGGCUCAGACUAUGCUCCUUCGUUCAUCUACACUGACAUGUUUGUGGAGGAGGACAACGGUGCAUUCCGGACUCCCUCUCUCUCCCUUGACUCGGAGCCAGCCUAGUAUGCAGAGUGUACGUACUCUGUGUAAUGUGGCAAACACUAUAAUUCUUCCUUGUUAUGUUGAACACCCAUUACUGAUCAUCCUGUUGUUGUAUCUUUGGACGCCUAUAAGAUUUGUACAGUCCAUUUUCAAUAAUAGCUAUCCCUUUAUUUAUGAGAUCAGUGAUAUAUAGAUUGUGCAAAAUGUUCCAUUCUCAAAUAAAUAAAAAGUAUGGGCUAGGGGCAAUUAUAUGGACUUCUUUUGAAAGCUAACUUGGGUAUAAUUAUAGCAGUACAUAUUCGGGUUAUUGUUUUUAUUCAUCUACAUGAUAUGUUCUGUAUAUACGCAAUUAGACUUGUUUGUUUUCUAGCUACUAAUUGGUUUGGUAUGAACCUUUAACACUGAGUUUGUAAUGUGAAACUUAUUGGUGGGUACUUGACAGGCUUGCAAGAAGAUACUAUAGGCCUAAAUUUAGGCAUUACAGCUCUCAAAUAGCAUAGUUCGCCCAACAUGAUCAGAUUCAGUUUUUCAUUCCUGGAAGUUCAAGUCUGUAGGAGACUAACCAUUCUGUAUCUUGUGGUGUUGGACUAUUCUUUGCUGCUGUAAAAAUGUCCACAGCAGCUUCUACUCUAUCAGUACUCCCAUCAAGGACAGUAGUCCAUCCUGAUACAGUGAGCACGUCACUAACUCCAACUACUACCACCCCUCUUCCUUUGUCCACUACUACAAGUGGAGGGUGGCCAACUGGAGGCGAUGAUGGUGGAGUCAUUGCUGGAGCUGUGAUGGCUAUUAUUAUUAUACUAGUUGUUACAGGAGUGAUAGCAACAACACUGCUCCUGAUUUUUAUGAAACGAAAAAAAAGACCAAAGCCAACAAAUGGCCCCCUCUGGUACAUCAAAACCAGCCCCAGAGCCCGCAGACAGAGAGUGUCUUCAUACAUGAGUGAUGUACCAAAAGGUAUCAUACUAAAUUCUAGUACCGAUAUGUUUGUAUGCUUAUCUUCUCUGUGCAGACGAAGUUAGUAAGUGUGUGACUCCAGACUUCCUAGUGGUCAGGCAUAAGAACCACAAGUCUACUGUGCCCAAUGGAGAUCACUUCUUCACUCCUCAAACCGGCUUACAUGGGAACACAUCAAUAAAGCCCUCAGCCCAACGAUGGUCGGAACGAAGCAGUGUCUACCCAACUGCAGACCACUCAACAACCCGUGAUAGUACGCCCCCACUGAGCAACGACGAUGCCACUCUCCCCAGACAUAUUCGCUCCUCCAGUACAGACACUGAUUCUAUUCAUCCGUUUGAGAACCUAUCAACAGCUACCUCAUCUCUCUCUCGUCCUGGGAAGAGUGUAAAGGUCUACCAGAUGCCAUUCUUUGAAGACGACAAUAUCAUACCAGCUAUUAAUGCUGCAGCUGCAAUGGAGGAAAGAGAACAGAACAGAAAAGAGGAAGAAGAGACAAUCAAACUGACUAGAAGUUCAAAAUCUCUCUGAUUGUACAUAAUUUUAUAAAAAAAGUGUUAAUGUUUGCAAAAAAGAU